GGUACUACGUUUAUAUAAUGCCUCGCUCAGUCUUCUUGCUUUACCUUUACAUGCAUCAUGCAUGGUUAAGAUCCAACAUUUUCCCGGCAUCGACAGUUAUUCUUAUCUAGUAUCACAGUGAAGAUUCCACCUUACGUACCGGUCUGCCAUGGAUGACGACUACUUUCUAAAUAAUUACGAUUUUGUCAGUUUAGAAGAAAUAAGAGAUCGUUUCGCCAAGGAUGGAGCUAAAGGUAUCCAGGACUUCAAUAAAGAGAAGCAAGACGCUCUUCGUGCCGUUCCGCUCAAUAUCGCCGUUAUCGGCCACUCGGGUGUCGGUAAGUCCACCUUCAUUAACGCUAUCCGCGGUCUGAAAUCCAAGGAUCCGGGAUGGGCUGCUACCGGCUGCGUGGAAACCACGAAAGUGGUCACAGCGUAUCCGCAGCCAGGCAACGAAGCACUGCAAUUCUGGGACCUUCCGGGUGUCGGCACUGAAAACUUCCCGCAAGACCGCUAUCUGGAGUUGGUCGAGUUUGGCCGGUAUGACUUUUUUCUUAUCCUAUCGGCAGUACGCUUCACCGGCAUGGACAUGUGGUUGGGUCUGGAAAUUCUCAAAUCCAAACGAAAGUUUUUCUUUGUACGGACGAAAAUCUUCCUGGAUGUGAUUAACGAUAAAUUUACGUAUCCCGAUGAGCAUAACGAGGAGCAGCUGUUGCUGACCAUUCGCACGGACAUCGAAGACCAUCUAAGGAAAAACGCAGCAAUGGCGCCCAUUUUCCUUAUCGACAGUCUACGACCACGUCAAUUUGAUUUUGAUGAGCUGGCGGUGAAGUUAGUUCAAGAUUUUCCCGAUUUAAAGCGUGACGCUUUGACAUUGGCCAUAAAUAACCUUAGCGAGAAGAUGAUAAGAGAAAAGAUCAAGGUGCUUCGAAGAGAGGUAUUGCCGCUGGCCUUCGCUGCCGCUGCGGCCAAUGCCGUACCAGUGCCCUUUUCCUCCGUCGCGACCGAUGCUGGAAUCAUCGCCGCAGCCAUCAGCCGUUUCUUGACCGCUCUCGGUCUGGAUGAUACGUCGCUGCAGGUGACCUCGCAACGUACCGGCAUCAGCCUGCUCCAACUGCGCACCAAGGUCCAAGAGUUCUUUCCCUCCUCGGUAAUAACGGUUAACGGCAUUACGGGGCUGGGGUAGUUAGCCGCGCUAGCCGCUUCCCGUGGGAUCCUGAUUCCCAUUAGAGAAGUCAGCAAAGUAUUGCCCAUUGCUGGUCAGGUCUUUGCAGGGCUGAUAUCGCUAGGAAUGGUCUACAGCAACCUGGACGGUGUGCUGGCCGUCAUGGAGAACUUAGCACUGGAUAUGGCGCGACUCAAUGGGCGGGGUGCGCUUGCCAUCGAAGGGAGCGCUGCGAACUGAGAAAAAUUACCGUUGUAAUGUAAUACACUCUUUGUCUUUGUGGACUGGAUUUGAUUGAUUUAGUUUUCGACUUCACUCUUGCUUUGAGCCCGAUAGUUUUGAGUAAUAACCUGCUAGCAGAUCGUCCGCGGCGUUUUUGUGGUAGCUUGCACUCUAACUUACGGUUAGUUGAAAACUUGAGACCCCGUUAUUACUAAGCGUAAACUAAUGCAAUAAUUACAACCUCUUCUAAAUUACUUUUCUGUGUUGAAUUUAUUUCGCGGUAAAGUUUAAGCCGUCACCUUUGCUUACAUCGACCAGGCGACUUAAAUGACAGUUUUCGGCAACAAGACUGACCGUUUACAUUUACGUAGCACGCUAAGUACGUAAAGGUCCAAUUAAGAUAUCGAGUUCAAAACGUGGAGGACUGUUUGCCCAGCUGGCAAACAUCAUACGCGGACGCCACCAUUUCGUAGGGCAGCGCUUUCCAGCAUCCUUUGCACUGGAACGCCUCUUUUGAUGUCGCAUUAUUAGGUUCACAGAAUGCCUGCUGAUUGUCCCCACAAGUCAAGAAAAUAUCCACUUUCUGGACUUUCUCGUCAGCCAAACGAAGAAGUGGUUGCAGCUUUGUAGUAGUGCAAAGGUCACUGUUUUGUAUCAGUGGGUUUCCUGCUAAAUCCACUUGAAUUGACUGAAAGCGGGCACCGUUGCGAAGGAAAGUGAUCAGUUCAGCUGGUAUGGCGGUGAUGUUGUUGCCUCCCAGAUUGGCGUGAUGAAGAUUAGGCAGAUUCGGAGGUGAUGAGACUUU